AUGAACUUACACACCGCCGGCAAUGGUCUUUUUGGAACGCACGUUACUUGGGAGGAUAUUGUGGAACAAAUUCAAAAAGAGAGGAAAUUCAACGCUUUUUCCGGAACGAUAAAGAAGGCUGAGCUGAUAGGAGAUGGAAGUGGUUUUGUGUCACGUGUUGCUUUGAUUGAAGCCGAUUUUCAUGGAGGAGCAGACGACUUGCCGUCAAGAUUUGUUGUGAAAAUGGUGACCACACUCGCUGGGGCUGAAAUAUCUGAAUAUGUUCACGAACGACAAGACAGCGACGAAGCAGGUUUAUCCGAUGUAUACGAUGCGAUUGUAAGAGAGUGGCAUAACCGUGAAGUGGAUACCUAUCGCGUGUUCUCACGCUUUGAUAACUCACUUUCAAAAAUGUCGCGAACAUAUUUUGCUCGAGAAUUCACGGAAGAGAACAAACUAAAAGGUUUGGAAUACGUGGACAAUACAUUACUUCGUCACAUUUACCACAAUCUUGAUCCGAAUGAGCUACUGGAUGUUUUACGUGCUAUAGCAUAUCUGGAAGCAAAAGGUUUGGAGGUGAGUGAUGAAGAAAGGAGGAAACUUGCUACUAAUCCUUUGCCAAUACUCUAUGCUCCUUCGGUAAACCCAAUUGUCAUUCCAAAGGUGAUCCAUGAAAUGUACACAGCAUCAGAGGAGCUUAAACCUAGCGGAGAGGUGUUAGAGAAGAUGGCAAACGAAUUGACCACAUUAGAGCUAACCUCGACGAUAAACGAAGAAUUAGGCAUGAAAGAUGUUAUCGUCCAUGGUGAUCUUUGGCCAACUAACAUGUUAUGGAAAAAAACAGAAAGCGGAGUAGAACUAUGCAGAAUCCUUGAUUUUCAGCUCUCACACUAUGGUUGCGCAGCAGUAGAUCUCUGUCGAUUACUGAUGUCCACGUUAAGCGGAAAAGAUCGACGUGAAAAAUGGGAGUGGUUAUUCGAGAAAUUUUACGGAUAUCUCGAAAUGUAUUGUGAUGGACAGCUUCCAUACACACUGGAACAGCUGAAAGAGUCCUACCGUCGGUUGUUCCCCCUAGCCGGUCUACUCAUGCUCGAAUUACUCGAUCCAGUUGCAAAGAUUGCAACGCGAAAUUUACCGGAGGAAGAAAAGAAGAAGGCGGAAGCCGUAUUGCUGGAGAAAACAGUUGCGUUGUUCGAGGACAUGUUAUUCUUCGUCAAUAGAAACCGAGAAGGAGGAUCGGGCAGGAUAAUGCAAAAGACCGCGGCUGAUGCAAGGGGAGAGAAAUAG